GGUACGACAAUUUUGAGCUGGCCGCCGUGAAGGGUGCCGAUGGCCGCCGCGCUGCGCCAGGUGUAAACAACAACCGUCGGGUCACCUGCUGCUGCCGGGCGUGCGUCGCGUGUGUGUGUGAGGGACGCCCUCGAGUGGUCGCGCUGUGCUCCAUCACGUGAGGUGCGGCCGGAGAGCCGAGGCGGACAUGUGCAGGCCGCGCCCGGAGUGAGGGCUGCUGGUCUGCUGUUAUCUCCGCAUCAGCUGUGGGACUUAAUGCGUGUCCUCAAGACGAGAGAAUAAUGCUGCCUGGAAUAGGAGUGUUUGGGACAGGGGACAUAGUAAGGGCCCUUGUGCCCUUCCUCCGUGCCAAGGGCUUCAGGGUGGAGGCUGUGUGGGGUCGCACACUAGAGGCUGCAGAGAAUGUUGCCACAGAGCUCAACAUCCCUUUCCAUACAAACAAGGUGGAUGACGUGCUUCUAAGGAAGGAUGUGGACCUGGUGUUCAUAAUCUGCCAGCCAGACCUUCACGCACAGAUAGCUGUCAAGGCACUGGGCAUCGGCAAGCAUGUUUUGUGUGACCGCCCGGCUGGCCUCUGUCAGCUGGAGGUUUUGAAGAUGGUCCACGCUGCUCAAUACUACCCAUCCCUAAUCUCAGUCAUCUCCCAUGGCCUGCGCUUCCUCCCGGCCUUUGUGCAGAUGAAGCGCCACCUGGAGGCAGGUUAUGUGGGGACAGUGAAUGUGUGUGACGUGCGGGUGCACUGUGGCAGCAUGAUUGGCAGCCAGUUUGAUUGGAUGUGCAGCCACCUGAUGGGCGGAGGCAUCCUGACCAUGGUGGGAAGCCACAUCAUCGAUGCUGUGUCCUUUGUGACAGGCCAGCGGGCUGCUCGAGUGCAUGGAAUGAUGAGAACCUUCACCAAGAGCACUGAAAAGAUCAACGGCAUCCGCUGGAUCGACAGUGACGACUUCUGCAGCUUCCAGAUGAUCUUGGAUGGUGGGGCGUGCGUCACAGCAACACUCAACAGCCAUGUGGCUGGUGGGUUUGUGCAGGAAGUGGUUGUGUGCGGGAGCCACGGCCGCCUGACGGUGCGUGGCGCCAGCCUCUACGGCCAGAAGCACACCGAUGACAGGGAGCGGCUGCUGCAUGAGGGCAGUGCCGACGACCUCACCCACCUGGCCAACCGCAAUGACAACAGCAGUGCCCGGGUCAACUCCCUGCUGCCUCAGCCUUACCUACAAGGGCUGUUCCGCUUGGUGGGAGCCCUGAAGGAGGCCUUUGCCACUGGGGAUGGAGAGCAUGGGUGGCUGAAGGAGCCCGUGUCCACUGCUGCCACCUUUGAGGAUGGUCAGUACGUGCAGGCGGUGAUCGACGCUGUCAAGCUGUCCUCAGCCAGCCGCCAGUGGGAGCAGGUAACCGUCGCCAACGACGAGAAUGAACUCAACCCUCUCAUGACGCGCCUCAAUCUGCCCAACAUUAACAUGAGCUCCCUGGAUGCCCUCUCUCAGGCCCCCACUAACAGGCCCCAGCCAGCCCCCACCCAACGCAAGACCACUGCCACCUCUGAGUCUCAUCUCCCCUGGAGCUUUGCCACCAAACACUAGGCGGGGCACCCUUGCUUCUGGCUGCCGGGGAUGUGCAUUGCGUAGCCUUGUGAUAUUCUUGAUAUUCUCAUUAAUCCUUAAGCUUAUUCAGAACAUGGUAAUGUUGUACUUGGGGGGAUGUAGUCACCUGGGGUGUCAAAGGCUGCUCCUCAAGAAAGUUUUUCUGUAUUUGUUAUAAUUAUUUUAAGAAUGACAUGAACAAAAAUAACAGGCAGUCUCUAUUAUAUGUGUGGAGGCUCAUAAAGCUUGCAUAAUAUGGCUUUACAAAUAACCAAACAAGUUUUCCAAAAUAAAUCCAUGUAAUAUGGGGAGGGGUUGCAUUUCAAGCCCCUCUUCCUUAAAAACUUUGAUGUUAGAACAUCCCACAUUGAUAUAUAUUUCUAAAUUAUUUACAUACUGCAUUACAAACAAUCUAUGUAGUAUGUAGUAGUACGUUUAACUGCAGCAUCUCAUUUUAGUGGGACCCUCACCACACUUGGCCCUGCUAACAAUUUCUUAUUUUAUACUCAAAUCCAUAAAUUUUGUCAGUACCGCUUGCUAAAGCAAGCAUUGUGGAUGAGAUAACAUUUUUUAAUACCAAGGACCACAAAUCACUCCUUACCACAGAAUGGAAUGGGAGAGGCAUGCAGCUGGAUGGAAAACAUGGCAAAGCAAGCAUAUGCCCUCUGUAUGUUGGUGAGAUUUAAAUUUUCCAGUCAUAUUUUAAUUUGCAGAUCGUCAGCCUCAUAAAAUAAUUGCCUAAGUCGCUUAUCAUCAAUUUCCAGGUUUUUGUCUACAUCAAUUUUUCAUCAUGUGACGCCCAUUUUUGUAUAAUUGCCUUUGUCAUUCAAGGUUUGAGUGUUCUAGAAUUGGCCUUUUCAUUUCUGCCUAAAUCUUAAGCCAAAUGAGAUAAUGACAGUUCUUUUCUCAUUUCCUAAAAAGUAGAAAAUAAUGACUUAGGCGGUUUGUUUACGAAGGUGACGAUGUAUUUAUCAAUAUAUGGUUCAGAAAAUCAUGUUUAUAAAACUGAGUAUGGAUAAGUAUAAUGAGCAGCCAUAUAGAGGGGACUGCCUGUACAUCAAGUUCAAGACAUUAUCACAUUUUUUUUUUUUAUAAAUAUAUAAAAGAGUUUACUUGCAAAACAUUCAUUUUUUAUGUAUUUUUACUUUGCUUCAGUAUGGUGUGGUUAAAACCCCACUUUCCUAGAGGAGCAGACACUGCCAGCCUUGUGUUGCUGGUGCAUCAAUUUUAAAGGUCUUAAUGUUCAGUAUAAUAACUUAAAGCUUUAUGUAAAUAAUUUCUAUAUUGGCAGUAGAAGGAAUGAUUUAUUGGCUGCAUUAAUAUGGGCAUCACUGUAGGAAUGCAUGAUGAGACAAAGCUUUCAUGGGUAGUUCUUUUAAAUCUCUUUUGGAACUAUAUAACUUCUGGUGACUAACUUUGUUGUGCAAAUUAUGAGGAGGGUAAUGUGCAUCUUUCCUUUGCCAUACUGCUUAGGGUGAGUACCUUCCAUGUAUGACAAUAGCAAGAAAAGGACAGGCAGAGGUCUGUGGCAUCUUCAUCUUGUAAGAAAACUUGCCAAGGGAAGUAAGGUUUGUAGAGUAACCAGUAUUAUAUUCUAUAUAUUUUUUCUCUGUUUUGCCCUUCACAAAAGAGGUUACUUGCCCAUCUCAGCAUCUACUGACUAGCUCGUGGGCAAUCAGUACCGUGCUUGACUGUGUAGUGGUACUCUUGGGGUAAAGUAUAAAAUGAAUUGUUAUCUUUGCAGUAUUUAUUGAUUAGAUACUAUUAAUACAUAUAACUUUAAAGCUGAUGCAUACUGUCCAAUGUCAUCUGCAUUGCUGGUAUCUGGAUUAUCCAAAUGCUGUAUCCUGUGUAGUAAUCAUGUGGCCUUGCUCCACAUGUUUGUGUUGCUGUGUAGCCAACCAGUACUUGAUGGCACCAGCACUGCUUCACGCGCCAAUGCACCACAACUAACGUUCAGAUGAUACAUGUCCAAUUAGAUGUAGUGAUGUGUUUUAAGGUAAAUUGUUAUUCGGUUUUCCUAACAGGUAUCUUCUCUACAAGCAACACCUUCAGUUGCUGCUGUGUGGAGGGCAUCAACUUUAUUUCUGAUGCUCUUUGUAAUUUACCUCUCUCUCUCUCUCUCUCUCUCUCUCUCUCUCUCUCUCUCUCUCUCUCUCUCUCUCUCUCUCUCUCUCUCUC